ACGCACGGGCGGGAAGAGGACAAACCCCUACGCGAGCCUUUGGACACUUUCGAGCUUUCGACAACAACUGCAAAGGACACAUCGCGGCGAAACCUUGCAUACAAACUUCAACCACGGAGCUAACAAGGACUGUUCUUUCCUCGAGUCCGCUGGCCUGCCCUUAGUGAACUAGCCUCAAUGUUCGGAGGGCAAUUCGGUCAACAGCAGCCAGCAGCUGGCGCUGGAGGCUUCGGUGGCUUUGGAACCUCGCAGCCAGCAACGACUUCAGCGUUCAGCUUUGGCACAUCCAAAUCAGCAGCACCGACCUUCAGCUUUGGGGCAACGUCUCAGCCAGCUGCACAACCUGGCUCUUUAAACUUCGGGACGUCGCGGCCACAGACCGCUGGCACGACGGGUCUCUUUGGGGCGGCUCAACCCGCAGCUUCGACCGGUUUUGGAGGGUUCAACCUGACGAGCCAGGCCCCAGCGCAGGCUCCCGGGACAGGAUUAUUUGGGCAACCGGCGACAUCAGCACCUUUGUUUGGGCAAGCUACCGCGUCUACAGCGCCGGGCGGUUUUAGUUUCGGUGCGCCGGCUCCAGCGGGCGGAUUGUUUGCUCAACCUACGAGCCAGGGAGCUGGCACGGGCUUGUUUGGCGCGUCUGCUGCACCAGCUACUGGUCUUUUCGGUGCGCCUGCGACGGGAACGACUGGGCUGUUUGGUGCGUCUGCUCCGGCCACUGGAGGUUUUGGGGCCAGUCAAGGGGGGUUCGGUGGUUUUGGUCAACAACCCACUGCACAACAGCAACAGCAAUUACAGCAAGCGCCGCAACAACCGCAAACUUUGGGAGAGCAUCUACAAUACAUAGCCACAGCAUGGAACCCAGAUAAUCCGCGGUGUCAAUUCAAGCACUACUUCUAUAACAUCGUACAUCCCAGUGAAGUUCGGAAUUAUGGGCCACAGCAAGGGGAGGACUUGGCCCUUUACCAACAAGCGCAACGGGACAACCCUGACCCCAACUGCAUGGUACCGGUUCUCGCGAUAGGGUUCCGAGACAUUAAGAAGAGGAUGGAAAUGCAGGAUCAGGCGUAUGAGGCUCACAAAGCAAAGUUAGAGGAAAUGGGCGGAAAGCUAGCCGAACUGCAAAGAACGCACUUUCUGGAUACGUCUGCGAGACUCGAGGAGUACAAGCGGAGACAAGCCGCCUUGGUCGCCAAAGUCCUACGGCUAAUGAAACAAGUGCAGCUAGUCCGCAACCGCGGCUACUCGAUACGAGCCGAAGAAGAAAAGUUCAAAACGCGUCUGGAGGCCAUGGAGCGCGAAUUGCAGAAACCCUCGGUGUUCCGCGGACGGUUGAACGAGAUCUGGGCGCAUUUGCAGCAGAAUAAGAGCUCGAAGCAGUUUUCGCUGACGGGGGGUGUCGAUACGAGUUAUCAGAUUGCGAAUGAGCAGCAGCUGGGGUUGAUGUAUCAGACGCUUGCGGGUCAUCAAAACGGGCUAGCGGUUUUAACGGAAGUAGCGCAGCAAGAUGCAGCGGAUAUCGCAACUACGUUUGGCGCAUACGAGGAAGCUGGGGUCCAUAGACGAUGACCUCCUGAACCCACUGAAGUUCCGUAAUAAGUUAUUUUACGCAUACCCACCCUCCAGAUAACACCAGC